GACCAAAGAUCUUGACCAUCAGCAAGAUAAACUAUCUAGUCUUGGAACAAUCAGUAAGAAACUAGAUCAGCUUUGUGACGCUACAUCUGCAAGAGAUAGACUAUCAAAACUGAACAAAAGAAUGUUUAAUUUACAUUCCAAAGGAUCAGAGAAACUUAACACAUUAGAAGAAAUUAACGAUGAUAUUGAUGACUAUGAGGACGAGCUUACUCGCCUGAGACUCUGGAUGGAUGAGACAAGAUCCCAUCUCACUAUGAGAGAUACUACACUGACACUAAAAGAACAACUAGCAAUACAAGAGAAAAUUCUGGAAGACAUUGAUAGCCACAAAGGCAAGGCUAUGCUGGUAGAACAGAAGCAGUCAGAACUGAAGUCUUUAACUGGCAAGGAGGAACCUGAGGCCGCUUUAGCCACUGAAAUGUCUGAACUGCAACAUAUGGCACGGCAGCAAUGUGAAGAGUUACAGGAAUCUAUCAUACAACAGGAACAAUAUGAAUCAGACAUACGUCAUUUGUCGUCUGCUAUUACAGAGGCUCAAGACAAGCUUCUCAGUGCUCCUGUACAGGCUGCUGAUGUAAACACAUUGAAGAAGCAGAUUGCAGAACAUAAUGCUCUUGCGUUUCAAAUCAAAUCAUACCAGGACAAAAUCAAUGACAUCAAUGAAAAAAGUAAACAUUUAAGUGAAAGAAGUCUAGGAAUGAGACCUGCAAUGGUAGAAAAAUUAUCACAAAUGGGUUAUCGCUAUCCAUCGUCCUUGCCCUCAUUGAAGGUCACAGGAGAGGCUGAUAGAUCAGGACCUGAUAGUGGUAUCUUCGUUUCACAUGAAGGUUCGUUAAAUGCCACACAGAGAUCUGUAUCGGACGCAGAUUUUUCAUCAUCAACCAUGCGGUCAAGUAAAUAUGGACGCUCAUCUGAUAAAAUGGGUCCUCGUCACGAUGAACCAGGAAGUUUAUCUGGUCGCUCUGACGACACAGACAUCACCAUAGAGAACUAUCCUGGUCUGUUUGAAACCAUGGAUAUGAGAAAACCAAGAGGGCAAGGUCACCCACAGAGAAGUAGGUCACCUUCACCCUUCACUGAAGAGAAAAUGGCCAGACAGCAUCAAGAACCAGUCAAAAUGUCAUCGCUUUCACAGCCAGGUCGUGCUGGUGGCAUGAGUCUUCACCGGAAUGUAGCUAGUCCAAGCUUGCAGCCUUUCUCUGAAAUGGAGGUCUCAGCUAGUGUACCUAAUUUGCUACAGCCAGAAUUACAUGGUCCACCCAGAGAAAGAAGUGCAUCAUUUGGUGCCAAAUUAAGACCAAAAUUAGGAGAAUUAGCUCUGCUGAAUACCUCUUGGAAUACUCUUCAACAUCAGCUCGGAGCCAGAGAACAUGAACUCCAGGUGGCGCUGCAGAAACAGGAGAGGUACCAGCAAUCGGUGCAGGACGUAACACUUAAAAUGGAGAGGACCCAAAGUAAAUUGGCCAGGACUUAUCCCUCAUCUCUGGCGGAUCUGGACAAACAGCUUAAAGACUAUAAAGAGUCCUUAAUAGAUAUAGAGUCUUUAAGAGAGGACAUAGCCAGAGUGAGGGAGAGAGGGAGACAGAUUGUUGAGAUAUCAGAUCCUGAAGGCUAUAACACCAUGCAAGCCACCCUCACCAUGCUAACAGACAGGGUAGAUAAUCUACAAACCUUAGCUGAAACAAAGGGCAAACAACUCCAGAAUGCUGUGAAAGAUGAAGAAAAGCAUGACAUAUCAUUGACUGCUUAUAAAAAGCACCUGAAAGACCUUGAAGACUGGGUAGAAGAAAUGAAGAUCAGACAAGCUGCCACACCCUUACCUACAGAUAGUGUUCAGUCUCUUCGUCAAUAUCUCCAUGACAACCAAACAUUGCAGGAAGAAUUGAACAAUCGUCUUCAGGUCGUGUCCGAUCUUGCAGUGCAGUGUGAUGCUUUAUGUGAGAGGGAAACUCCCGCCAAGGCUGACAAAUUACGAUCUCAGUUAACAAAUCUUCAAACACAGCUAGGAAAUCUUAAACUUUCAGCCAUAGAAAAACAAGGCCCAAUUAGGGCUGCGAUCAAAGAAAGUGAAAAACGACAUAAAGAAAUGGAUGAAUAUGAAAAGAAAGUUAAAAAGUUGCAAAACUGGGUAGUUGACACUAAACAAUUAGCCAUGGUUCCUCCAAAAGUAGAAGCCCUAAUUUUACCAGAAAAUCGCCAGAGUCUUCAAAAGCAACUUAAAUCAGAUUUAUCAGAACAUAGACAACUAGUGAAACAACUUUCUACUGAUGCCCCAUCAUACCAAAGUAGGGGACCAGAACUGCCAAUAGCUCCACCUAUAAGUGAAGAAGAACUGGUUCACAGGUGGCAAGAACUUAACGAUGAGCUUAACCAGAAAAAGGAACAGUUAGAGGACCUACUGAGAGGCAGGGGACAUAUGGAGCCUAGAAGUAGUUAUAGUUGGUUGUCACCAUCUGACCCUCAAGGUCAACUGAAUGACAUCAGACAUAACCUUGAUGAACUCAAUAACCUUUGGCAGCAGCUCAAUACUCAGGUAGAUGAUAAACAGUUGAGAUUGGACCAAGUAUUAGAUUAUCAACAAAAGUACCAGGAUGCAUUGCAAAAUAUCUCACAAUGGCUGGAUCUGGCUGAGCAGAAGAUACUGUCUCCAGACAGUGAUAAAGACUCGCAGCAAAAACUUAGAGAAAAUGAGGCCUUACAGAGAGACAUUAAAUCUCUUCAAAAUGAAAUAUCAGCAAUGGCCAGGAAUUCUCAGGACCUAUUGACCUCAACAAACAGAGAAUCUCAGGAACUGGUUACUUGUAGCUUGUCUAACCUAAAUGAAAGGGUUCAGAUGUUAGAAAACCAGGCUCAACUCCAAGGGGAGAAACUCAGACAGGCUGAUCGUAAAUGGAAAGAAUACAGGGAUGAAGUUCAAAGUUUACAGAGGAAGUUGGCAGAAAUCAGAUCUGCCAUGGCAACACAGAGUCCGUCUGCUUCAUUGGAUGAACUUGUUUCGCAUAUGCAGGAUGCAAUUUUUCGUACACAGAAAAUGGAGGCGCAGUUGAAGACUUGUGAAGGACAAUUAAGAGAUCUUCGACAAAGAGGUGAAGAGUUAUCUGUUGUUGCUCCAAAGAUGAUUAAUCCCACAGAAAUCAAAGCAUUACAAACUAGCUAUAUGGAACUACAACAAAAGGUGAUGGACAAGAAAGCUGACAUACUGCAGUCAGUGUCAGUACAAGAUCAGUAUGAGAAACUCCUACAGGACUAUGCUGAAUUCCUGGAAACAGCCAAUGAAAAACUGAAAACUGAAACUGUUAACGUCAAGGACCUUCAUCAAAUCAAACAACAACUGGCGGCUCAUAAAGAUUUCUUCAGCGAUUUAGAAGUCAAUAGAGCCAUGUUAGACACUUUGUCUCAACAAUGUGAUAAAAAUACCCAGCAAUCUCAUCUCUCCAUGCACACACGGCUCAAUAACCUGACGUACAUAAUCCUAGACAAAGCCAGUUUACAUGGUCAAAGACUUGAAAGACUGGUACGACAAUGGACAGAGUUGUCCGAAAAACAUGACCAAUUACAUUCCUUCCUUGAAGACAUUGAACGGCAAAUGCCAAGACCUGUUGCCAGUAACGAUUCCAUAAUGGCAAUUCAGGAGAAGAUAAGCACAUACCAGAGACUACAAAGGGAAUUGACUGAUGAGAAACCUAUGGUUUUCCAAGUUGUUGAUAAGGGGAAACAACUCUUGCAUAGUGUCAAUUGUCCUGGAUUAGAGGCAGAGGUCACAGAAUUAGCAGAAAAAUGGGUUAACCUGAAUACAGCAUUAUCUUUAGAACUAAAGAGAACUGAGAAGUUAGGGGAGCAACUUCAAGCUUUUGAGGCUGAGGCAGCUGUGUUGAGAACAUGGCUCCUGACAGCUAAGAUGAAACUUACUGAUAUCAAACAUUUGUCUGACCAAGAUCAACAGAGUAUUGCCACCAUCAGGAGUAAAAAUGAUAAACUCUUGGAAUUCAGAAAAGAAGUAGAAAACCAAGAAGGUCUGAAGAGUAAGAUUAUGUUUGUUGGUAAACAGUUGUCAGAAAACCAGACAUAUGAUACUGCAGGCCUGGAGAGAAACAUGGCAUGGUUAGAGGAACAAUGGGGCUUACUGGAACAUGAUAUAAACAAGGCUGAGGAAUACCUACAUCAAGCUCAGAUGGACCUUAUGCCCUCACGUCAAGCUCUGACUGAACUUGCCACAUGGCUGAAUGAAAUGGAGGAAGGGGUCAAACAGGAGAUAUCAAAACCUGUCAGAAACAUGGCCGACAUUGAGAUCUCCCUGAAAAAGUUCAAGGAUUUCAAGAUUGAGCUACAAAAUAAGCAACUGACCAUAGAUUUUGUAAACCAGUCAUCUUUACAAAUUGGUACCCAGGAUUCAGAAUCUACAUCUCACAUGUCAUCUGACAAAACAGAAUUUGCUGAACGUCUUGGCAGUUUGAACAAAAGAUGGCAAGCUCUCAGCCAUGAUGUAAAUGAACAGUUGAGAACAUUUGAGAUGCUACAAAAGAAAUGGGAAGAGUAUGAAUCCAGUUUGUCACGGUUACAAGACUGGUUCCAGGAACAAGAAGACAAAGUUAAACACUACCGUCUGAUUGGUCAUGAGAUCAGUGUCAAACAAACUCUGAAGGAAUCUAAGAUGCUGCAGCAAACUUUGAAAGCCAAAGAAGAAGAAAUAGAUCAUGCUCGUAGUCUUGGAGAACGAUUAGUUGAAUUAAGUCAUGAUUCUCCUGGUUGUCAACGCAGCAUUCAAUCUAGUCUAGAUCACCUUAACAAAAGGUGGCAGCACUUGUUUGAUCAGGUUCAGGAUCUCCAGAGCAUUUUGAAUGAACUUCUGAGUCAGUGGGAAGCUUAUCAUAAAGAAUUACAGGGAGUUAAUCAAGUGUUGUCUGAGACAGAAUAUUGUCUGAGUAGAUAUUCAACUGUUGGAGCUGAUCUCAUCACACUGAGGAUGCAAGUAGAAAAAUUAAAGGGUCUUCAAAGUGAUGUGAAUAAGAAUACACAGAAAUAUGACAGAUGUUUAGCUUUAGGUUCUCAGUUGAUGCAAGUUUGUGAGACUCCAGCCAAACAAGACAUUCAGAAGGCUCUUGCAGAAUUACAGAGCAGGUGGCAAAGCAUGACAGGUGAUCUCCGUGACAGGUUAGCCAUGUUUGAAGCAUGCUUGACUCAAUGGCAACAAUACGAACAGGAGUAUAACAAAGCCAGGAGAUGGCUUGAUGCCAAAGAGAGGCUCUGUAAUGAACUAGUAGCCAUUAGGGAAGAUAGCAGCAGGAGGGAUGAAUGUCUACAAGAAAGCAAGACUCUACAACGAGAUCUGGACAACUUCCAAACACAAUUAUCUAGUCUUUACCAUCUAAGUGAUUCCGUUACUAAAAACAUGGACAAUUCAUCAAUCGUAAAUCUUACCUCGCGUCUUUCCUCAUUGGAACAAAGAGUCAUGGCAUUAAGACAAAUCUUAUCAAAACAGGUAGAAGCAUUACAAGGUGAUUUAUCACAGCGCCAAAGAUUCAAAGCAUUAUUCGAUUCAGUGACGGCAUUCGUUAAUCGUGCAGCUAGGACACUUGGUGAAACCGAACCAGUAAAGACAUCAGAUACAUUAGUGUUACAAAAUCGACAUGCCAAACUUAAACUUUUAACCUCAGAAUUUGCUGAUAACAUGACCGAACUAGACAAUUUGAAUGAUCUUGGAUAUAGACUUGCCCUCGAUGAAACUAGUGCGAUUAAUUUACGAGAACUGAACCAUAAAUGGCAUGAGUUAUAUAGUGAGGCCAAAGAAAGGAGUAAGGACGUGCAAGGUCAUUUACUUGCACAACAAGAUUUUACUGGAAAAUGUGACACUUGGAUGACCUUCUUAGCUGAGACUGAGCAAGAUCUGUCCACUGAUAUUGGCAGCAAUUUACCAGAACUAGUCAGUCAGCUGAGGAAAUGUGAGAAAUUUGAAUCAGAUAUGUACAGUAAACAACAAAUCCUCCAUGCCAUUAUCAGCGAUGGUCAGAAAAUGAUGAGAGAUGGUGAAGUAGAAAACAAAAAAGAAUUCCAAAAUAAACUCCAACUAUUGGCUGAACAGUGGCAGAGUGUAGUCAGAAGAGCCAAUCAGAAAAAGGCUAUGAUUGAAGCCUCCAUAAAACAAUGGAGGGAUUUCAAUGAUCUUACAGGGAAGCUUCGUGAUUGGUUGGCCAAUAAGGAGUAUGCAAUGACAGCAUUUGAUGUGGAUUCUGUCUCGCUGCAAAAAGUCAAGAAUAUACUAGAAAAAGCCCAGAACAUGCAAAAUGAAUUCAAACUGCAAGAAGAAUCACUGAAUCAGAUUAAGGAACAUUCAAAGCCACUGUUACAGAAUGGCAAUGAUAAAGCCAGGGAACAAAUCAGAGUCAGUACGGCACAGUUACAACAACACUGGCACCAACUUAACACCAAGUUAGAUGAGCAGUGUGAACAUCUGGAAGGAGUGUUAAAACAAUGGCAAGAGUGUGAAGGAGAAAUUGAUGAUAUUCUGUCCUGGUUAAAGGAUACAAGAUUGACCCUUACGGCAGAGUUACCUACUGCAUAUGAUCAGUUGCAGGCUGAACUCAGUAAAUGCAAGGACAUUGAAGCUGAAUUUGCUAACAGUGAAUCUAAAAAACAAUCUCUAUUGGAAAAAGAGCGAAAACUAGGGGAGAUAAUUCAACCAGAAGAUUUGAAUGUUUUGCAUCAGAGGAUAAGGUUACUCAACAAACAGUGGGAUGAACUACGCAAUCAAGCACUGUUACGACAACAGAAAAUAACUGACAAUAUGUGCCGAUGGGGAAGCUUCAGCGAUCGUGUCAGAGAAAUGCAUGACUGGAUGGAAAAAAUGGAAAUCAAGGUCGUUUCUAGUCAAGAAUAUCAUAUUGAAGAUUUGUUACGCAAACUGCAGCAGGAUUACAGAGAUGAAAUGGCUGACAAAGAAUCUGUGAAAAUGGAACUAGUGAACCAGGGUCAGCAAUUAGCUAAAGUCAGCAGUGAAGUACGAGCAGCCGACAUAGAGGGCAAACUUCUGAGGUUAGAGGACAAAUGGCAACAUGUCACCUCUGUUAUGUCCUUCAGACAACGAAAACUGCAGGAAACAUUGUUAGCAGUCCAACAAUUAGACAGCAGCAUGGCUAACUUGAGAAAGUGGCUAGCUAGUAUUGAACAUGACUUAAGCACCCCUAUUAUAUACAGAGAAUGCAGUUUACUAGAGAUUCAACAAAACCUACAGCAUCAACAGGAGAUACAGAAGGAUAUAGAACACCACAGUGCUGGAGUAGGAUCUGUUCUGAAUCUCUGUGAGGUGCUCCUACAUGAUACUGAUGCCUGUCCAUCAGAGAAAGAAUUUGAAGCCUUACAAACUGCCAUGAAAUCUCUGGAUAAAAGGUGGAGGACCAUCUGUAAACUGUCACCUGAUAUGAGAGUCAGAAUUGAAGAGACAUGGGGAUUAUGGCAGAACUUGUUAGAUGAUUGUAAGAGGUUCUGUAACUGGUUAGAUGACAAAGAGAGAGACGUCAGUGAUCUCUGUCUAGAUACCCCCUCCAUAGGACCAACCAAAGAGGAGGUUGUUAGAUUUGAGUCCUUACAGAAAGAAAUCCAUGAAAAAUUAUCCACAUUAGAAGACAUUAACAAACAAUAUAGAAAAUUGGCGCGAGAGGGCAGAACUGAUCACUCAGGGCUACUCAAACAAAAUAUGCAAGACGCCAAUGACCGAUGGGACAAACUACAACAGUAUGUCUCAUCGAUCAUGAGAGGAAUGAAACAGUCCGCCAAUUUACGACAAGAUUUCAAUCAUAAUCGAGAUUUGAUGUACAACUGGUUGACACAAAUCCAAGUUCAGCAGACCAACAUAGAGCACCUGUCUUCCAUGGAUGUUCCAAACAAACUCAGGGAAAUUGAGAAACUACAAGAUGAAAUAAAUAGUAAGCAAAAGAAGUUAGACUAUUUAGAACAGGCUGCUGUUGACCUCAUGCAGAAAGGAGAUAGCAAAGAUGCCAUAAGGGUCCAGAGAGAGCUUGAUGACUUCAAACAGUUUUCUUCCCAGGUCAUUGGCAAGGUCAAUGAUUACCAUAGUGAAUUGGAACAUGUCAUUGCUAAGCUAACAGAGGAUGCAGUACGUGCAGACAGACAGCUUCCUGGUGAUGAGCUUGACGAAUUAGAACGUCAGCUCAGAUUGGGGAAAUGGGACAUGAAAGAACUUGAGGAUUAUUUAGAGGCUUCACCUCCAGAAAGUCCUCCUGAGAAGCGACGUCACAUUCAGGAGAGAUCUGCUUCUCCAGUUCAACUUAGAUCUACCUCACCAAUCAGAGCUCGCACACCUCCACCAAGGUCAAGGUCACCACAGAGAUCAAGGUCCCCAUCAAGGUCAAGAUCACCUUCCAGAUCACGUUCACCUAGUCGUUAUGCUUCUCGCUCACCAGUCAGGUCACCAACAAGAGUGUCAACAAGAAGAACAAGAUCACCAAUGAGAACUAGAGAAGCUCUAGAAAUUUCAAGACAAGAAAGAUGGAGAAGAUUAAGAGAAGAACUUUCAGAGAAAGGUCGUGAAGCUGAGAUUGAGGCUCUGUUAGAAAACCUGGUGGAUGCCAUAGAGGAUGCCAAAGAUAAACUGUGUGAUGCUGAAGAUGAGGUCAUGGCUGGCCCUCCAUCAGAAUCAGGAAAUAAUGACUCCUUUGAGGACUAUUUCCAAUGUAUCAGGGAAUGUGAGAUGAGUAUAGAUAAUAUGAAGAGAAUAGAACGAUUGGUCAAAACAGAAACAGGAGUCUAUGGCAUAGCUAGUGCUGAUGUAGAAAUAAAAGAUGUUCUUCAAAGAUGGGAGAUAUUGCAAGCCAGAAUGAUGGAUAGAAAUUAUAGAAUGAAUCAACAUCAUCAGGACUGGGGUCAAUUUAAAGCUGACCUUGAUCACAUGUUAGCUUGGUUAGAUGAAGUAGAGGCUAAUCAGGCCACACAGAUAUCAGCACCAAGAGACAUAACUCAACUAGAUUCUAUAAUUAGACAACAUAAGAUAAUAGCUGCACAUAGAUUGAAGGAUUUUCUUGUUCAGCUAGAAUCCAAGAAAGCAAGAGUUUUAUCACUAAAUCUAACAAGUAAAAACUUUACAAAUCUACGGACACAAGAAGGGAGAGAACUCCGUGAUAAAUUGAGACAUAUGAAUAAACGCUGGGAAGCAAUAUGUGAUCGUGCCAAUUUAAUGCAGAACGAUUUGAAAAUUUCUUUAAUACAUUGUGAAGAAUUUCACAUUACUAUUCAUGACUUGUUACUCUGGUUAGAAAGUGUAGAAACAAAAGUGCAGCAAUGUGAACCAAUCAACAGAGGUGCCGAUGAGAGUGCUUUGUGGACAAAACUUAGAAAAUUAAAGGAAUUAAAAUUAGACAUGGAAACAAACCAACCCAGAGUUCAAUCAUUAAAAGAGACAGCAGACCAACUUCUAAUAAAUGACGAUUCUGCAGAAAUGCUCAAUGCUAAAGAUAAAACUCACAUCAUAUCAAAUAGACUAAGAGCAUUGUUACGAUUAUGUAAAUCAUAUAUAGUCAGUCUGGAAGAGCGACUCAAUGUAUCACCUGAUGUUGCCUCUCCGCCAUUAUCAUUAGAUUUAACUGAUAGCCGAUUGUCCAGUUAUUCUGCAAGGACAAGUACACCACGAACUAGGUAUACACCACUCCGUCCAGGGUCAUCCGUCCGUACAAGAUCACCGUUUGCUGUCACUCGUCAGCUACUACGGUGGGUGAGACCCUUUUGGCCGGGCGGCACUUGUCAAGAUGACAUCACCUCAACAGAACUACAUGAUGUGGAAAGUCAAAGAAGACCGUCAUACUUUCGUCGGGCUCUUAGAACAGCUCUACCAUUUCAAAUCUUUCUUUUACUGUUACUUGGUAUAGCCAGCUUAGUUCCGAUGACAGAAGAAGACUAUAGUUGCGUACUUAUGAACAAUUUUGGUCGAUCGUUAGGUCCAAUGUUACGAUAUAACAAUGGACCACCCCCUUUAUAACAGUCUUUGAACAUUUUUUACGUCAUGUAGUGUUGAGAAUCAAAAUACUCUCGAGUGGACGCAAUGAAUUGACAUUAUAUACUGCCAUUCCAGUUUUUAUGUUGAAUGUUGACAUUUUUUACAAAUAUAAAGGAUCUCCAUAUUUGUCUGUGAUAAUAUUUGAUUUUGUACUCUCAUUAACGAAACUGUGAUAUCGAAUCACGUAACUUGCCAUAUAUAUUUACUCGAAGCAUUAAAUGCUAGACAUGUUUGUAGGGUAAUUCUGUUUUGCUUAUAUAUAGUCCCAAUGUGGCAAGUUUGUUUGUUGUGUAUAAAUAUAUAUGUGUAGCAAUGUAUAUAUAUUGAAAACUUAUAAAAUUUUUGUAUAUAAACAUAUUAUGUUUUUGUAUUUGUUUGUGUUGAAGAUAAUAGAAUAUUGUCAGUGAUUUUAUAAAAUUUGAAGAGAUCAAUUGCAGAUAUAUAUUAUACUAUGUCUUGUGUUUGAUUUUCUAAUGUAUCCAAAUUUACAUAAAAUAUUUAUUUUGGAAAAAAUCAAAGUAUAAAAGUGUGUGUUUUAGUAAAAUUUAUUUUUUCACUUUUGUAAUUUGUAAAAAUAUAAUGGUGUAUAUAUAUUUAACAUAGGUGAACUAUGUUUCACCAGACAAGUUAGUGCUAGUUCUUAAUUUAUUCAAGAAAAUGUUAUAACAUUACAAUCAUCUUUGCAAUUUUUGCAAUUAACCAAAAGAUUGCAAAUUUUUCAUCUUCAUUCAUUUAUUGUUUAUCAUUUAGCACAUCAUAACAAUUUUAAAUGCACAUGUUGACACUUUUUUGUGAUUUGUGUUUUUGUAAAAAGUUUGACAAGACUGUUUUUUAGUUAUAGCAAUUAUGUCCCCUUAAGUAUACUACUGAUGACUGAUGUUAAAAUGGCAGCUUUGAUAAUUAUCAGUGCUGCAUAAAAUAUGUCAGUUUUAUGGAAAUUUUAAUUAAAUUUUGUCGUAUAUGCUACAAAAUCUCUGAUAAAGAGUCUCAAGUUCUUUACAAAUUUUUAAGUUUUAUUUAAUAUAUAGUUUUUUCAUAAUCCUAGUGUGUUGAUAUUUUAUCAUGUUUUCAAGCCUGGUGUUUUUAUUUUGUAGCUUUUAAAUGUUUGGUCCCAGUUAAGUUCAUAAUAAGUCUCAUUUAGCUUGUUUGUAUGUAUUUUUAAGCGACAUUUUUAUAUUUGUAUAUAUUUGGCAGUAUUUAUGCAUGCAUAUAGUUGUUAGAUUUUACAUAAAGUUAUUUGUUAUGUUAAUGAUACAUAUUAUACACUUCCAACUUU